GCUGUGCCGAGGAGGACGCUCGGCUCAGCUCGGUGGCGCGUAAAUCGAGGCGCCGUCUAACGUGCGCGCCGUUCUCUUCCCCGCGGCCGAUUUUCUGGAAAGUCGCGCGAUCGUUCGCCGCGAGCCGCUGUUCCACGAAAACGCUGCUCCGCGCGACACAGUCGUCGGAGGUUGCGCCGCGCUGUGGGAAUCGCACAUGCACGUCAAAUGUGCGGAGCGUCGUCGUCGGUGAAUGUAUUGCUGCCGUAAUGUUGGCACUAUUUGCCGAGACGGCGGUCGUCGCUACCGACCGCCGAAGAUUAUUGAUUUCCUCGCUUCGCUUCGCCGCGCGUAUAUAUGUCUCUCGCGUAAAUAUCGCGAAACACCAUGUGCCGGCGCGAUUGAGCAGGCAUCGUCUCGAUCGGAAAAGCUAGGAAAUGGCGGACACGGAUCCACAGUUCAAACGCUUUUUACUGCCAGCAGAGGAGACUCUAUUUGAACAGCUGCUGAGAUUUGGACUUUAUGUGGGCGCAGUGUUCCAGAUUAUGUGUUUAUUAGCCAUAGUGAUCUACCAGGCAGGUCCAUCGGAUGGUGUGGCAGCUUUGAAGGAUGAUCCAAGCGACGUAGAGUGUUCUGAAAAUAGCCCACAAGUAACACCAAGAAGGCCUCACCGACCACGCAAGCAAGAGAAGAAAAAGAGACGUUGAAAUAUUCUUUGCUAAAUAAUCAAAUGUCUACUGAAUGAUAUUUAUAUCUGAUAACUGUUUCGUGCAAGACUGAUCUGCUGCAUAAUUGCUUAGUGUUGUAUGUAUCUGAUAUAUAUAUAUAAGUUAUCUAUUAAAUGACAUUUUUCCAA